GAUGAAGAGUUAGUCUGGCUUGCUAGGUUGGUUUGUGAGACACACAAUCCAUAUCCCACGCACACCCACACGCACACACCGUCUUGUGACCGCACUGGUGGUACGGAAACAUCCACCGGCGCGCUGCUGGCCGCCGCCCCGGAAAAGCGAGAAGCGUCCACUCCGUUCCCUCUCGCUCAUCGGCUUGGACCGGCUCUCGACAUCGGGCCUCCUCCUCCUCCUCCUCCCUCCUCCUCCUCCCUCCUCCUCCUGCGCUGCUGAGAUAAUGAAAGGAUGGCCGAGCGGCGACGCGGGGACCAGGGAGGGCUGACGGAUGCCGCCGCGGCGACUAACCGGGAUGAGAAGCAGCGUCGCAGCGCGAUGAAUUCGAGCGACGACGCGGCGGUGGAGGGUCUCUCCCUGGAGGAGAUACUGAGGCUCUACAGCCAGCCCAUCAACGAGGAGCAGGCAUGGGCGGUGUGUUACCAGUGCUGCAGGACGCUGGCCAGGGAGCACCGGAGCAGGGGGAGCUCCUCCGCCGCCGGAGCAUCCUCGGCGGCGGCUCCGAGGAAGAUAAUGGGACCGGAGGAUGUCCGGAUACAUAAAGACGGGUCCGUGAGCCUGCAACAGCGGAACUGUGAAGGUAAAUACAGUCCUUGCACAACAACAGAGGCGAUUGAAUCUCUGGGCAUCAUGAUCUACAAGGCUCUGGACUACGGACUGAAGGAGAACGAGGAGAGGGAGCUCAGCCCUCCCCUGGAGCAACUCAUCGACCUCAUGACCAACAUGGCCGAGGCGGAGAGGGACGCCUGCCCCGACGAAGGCUACGAGGCAACAGAGGAGGAGGACGAGGCCGAGGAUGACCCCGGCAACACCUCCAGUGUCCACGGCUACAGAGAUAUCUUCAAGCUGUGCACAGCUCAUCUGCCCGCUCUGUCGGACACCCCCACCCACUACCAGGCAGUGUGUCGUGCUCUUUACACGGAAACCAGGGAGCUCGGUACUUUCCUGGAGAAGAUCAGGAGCGCCAAAGAGAACCUGCGUAAGAUGGAGGACGGGCCAUCGGAGGACCCUGGCAGAGACCUUAAUGAGCUUCAGAACGCUGACUGGGCUCGAUUCUGGGUUCAGGUGAUGAGGGACCUGCGUGAAGGAGUGAAGCUGAAGAAGGUGCAGGAGCGUCAGUACAACCCUCUGCCCAUCGAGUACCAGCUCACCCCCUACGAGAUGCUCAUGGACGACAUCCGGUCCAAACGCUACAAACUGCGCAAAGUUAUGAUAAAUGGAAGCAUCCCUCAGAGGUUAAAGAAGAGCGCUCACGAAGUCAUCCUGGAUUUCAUCCGGUCCAGACCACCUCUCAACCCUGUGUCGGCCCGGAAGCUGAAGCCACAGACUGAGCUUCCUCCAACGCUGCAUGAGCGCAUCUUGAAAGAAAUCAAAGCAGAGAGGAAACUCCGACCGGUGUCUCCUGGUCAGGUCCGCAGGGGAAUGCUGGGUCUUGGCAAAACUCGCAGUGUGCCACAGGAUUUGUUCCGUACUGGACGAGAUGAGUUCAGUCCGUACAUGGGCAGGAGGACGUCCAGCUCUCUGUCUUUGGCCAAUGGAUCAGCCUGCAGCAGGGGAGAACCCUCCGGAUCGCAGUCCGUACCUCCGAGGAAGAGGCUCCUGAAGGCUCCUAGCCUCGCCGAGCUGGACAGCUCGGACUCCGACGAUGAGAUUUUUGGGCACAGAUCUGCCAGCAGCUCCAGCGUGGCUACAUCUAUGAUGGAUGAUACCUCCCCAGAGUGUGCUGUGGGGAAGAAAACCCCCCCCUCAUUCCUGCCCAUCUCUUCCACACCCCAGCCAGAGAGACGUCAGACCCCCCAGAGGAGACACUCCAUCGAGAAGGAGACUCCGACCAAUAUGCGACUGUUCCAGCCGCCCUCCAAGAAGAACUCCAAGUCUCUGGAGGAAUUCUGUUUCCCGGUGGAGUGUUUGUCUCUGACGGUGGAGGAGGUGAUGCACAUCCGACAGGUGCUGGUUAAGGCCGAGCUGGAGAAGUUCCAGCAGUACAAAGACAUCUACAACGCUAUGAAGAAGGGAAAGCUUUGCUUCUGUUGUCGAAGCAAAAGGUUUUCCUUUUUCACUUGGUCCUACAUCUGCCAGUUUUGCAAAAAGCCCGUGUGCGCGCAGUGCUGCAAAAAGAUGCGACUGCCAUCCAAACCUUACUCCAGCUUGCCCAUCUACUCCAUCGGCUCCACCAAUACUCUCCCCAGGGAGAGAGUCAGUGCCAUAGCUGCCAUAGGACAAGGGUUGUCUGUGGCUGGAGACCCAGGUCCUUCAUCAGUGGGAGGGGUCACAGCGUCACCCACUGUGAAAGUAGGAAAAGCAGGGGCACCUAAAAGAGCUGCCCCGCAGGCUGCUGCUGCUGCUGCCAAAUCGGAGAAAUCCUCCAGUAGCCCACAGCGCCACGGCAUUCACAAGACCAUGUCCAAGUUUUCGAAGCACGGCUCCCUGAAGUCCCACGAAGAACUGGAGCUUCCCUCGGAGCUGACGGAGGACUGGGCCACCAUGGAGGUGUGCGUGGACUGCAAGAAGUUCAUCACCGACAUCAUCGCCUCCAGCAAGCACAGCCUGUCUCUGGCCACCAAGAGAGCUCGCCUAAAACGCAAGACCCAGUCCUUCUACUUGUCCUCGCCGAAAGGGAGGGAGGAGUACCGGCCCUCUGAACGAACAAUCAAGGAGAUCUAAAAGCCUCGCUCUUUCUCUCUCCAGGCGGCGUCUAGCUCCUACGGCACAAUCACAAAGACAUGGGAACACGGGAUAUGGUCCUGUGUACUUCAGUGAGAUAUGAACCCCAGUGGUGAACGCUGUGUUUUGUGUGGCUGUGUCCUGAUCGUGUGCAGCUCCUUCAGGCAUCCCUACUGUAAAUCUUUUUUUUAUCAUUAUCAUUACGGUAUCCUAGAUGACCCUUUAAUCUCUGGCCCCAGACUUGUGAGUCAAGAGACAAAGAAGUGUGAUGGCAAUGUAUCAAAGUGGAAUGA